AUGAAGCAUGUUUCUCCGGAUAUGACGGAAUUAAACGUUGUUGAAGCCAUGAUAUUCAAUGCGGUUCCUAUGAGAUCGUCAUGGAAGCCACCAAAGUACACUUUUAAUGAUACUGCUGCAGUGUUAACGACGGACCAGGAGGUUGAGGAUGACCUUUUAAGAGAAGGAUUUAAGAUUCAAUCGCUCGAGGCACAACUUGAAUUUUUGUCCAAGCAGAUGCAGGCUUUAUUAGCAGGAAAAAUACCACCGGUUGCACCAAUGGCUUGUGAUUUCGAUGCAUCUGCUUCGGAUGACGAAGGUAAAGGCGCGUCCUUGGGUAGUCCCACUGAGAUCAUAAAGCAAACGUUUGUUUCUGAAGAAAAAAAGCUGUCUUCAUUACCCAAUAUUUGUCCGCCCGCAGAUGCGCCUCCACCUCCUCCACCGCCACCACUGUCGUUGUUAUCACUAAACAGUGCUUCAAUGCCAAAACUGGAACAGUCGAAAGCGAAGCCUGAUCCGUUGCAAAUGUUUAAACGAUCUUCAAAUCUGGAGCGUGACGACCUUCCUGUUCGACCGAGCGCAGAUGAUCUGAGGAUGGUGCAGCUCAAAAAAACAAAUACUGCUAGGUCACCUGGUGGGACACCAAUUGCGCGGCACUCUGGGCAGUCCAAAGAGGAGGGCAGCUACUUGGCAAAUGCACUUCGUGAAAAGUUCCGUUCUGUCCAGGAGUACGUAUCUGAAUACGAAGAAGAUAUGAGCACAAGCUGGUUAGAGGAUGAGCUCUGA